AUUCGCGGUCAUUCAAAUUUUUUUGGUGUGUUCGUGUGUUCACGCUCAAAAUUUUAAGUGUUUCAGCCUCUAAAUUCUCUAAAUUUAUGCGUUAAUUUCAGAUACAAGGAGUUCUGUCAUGCUUCAGGUAUCUUAAAGUAUUCACUUUCUCGAUCGUGACAGUUUGAAAACAUCCCAGUCCUUGUUCCAGUAUCAGGGGUAAGAAAAUCAACCCUACGAUGCUCGAUAUUUUCCGUAAAAAUGAGUGUCAGUGCUCCUAAUGACCGGAAAAUCAAAGGUUUGUCAGCAACCAAGAACCAGAGCUCAAUCUCCACUUACUUCGAGAAGAAACCUGUGGCAUCAACCCUCACAGCCAAAAUUUCACCGGUGAAAAGGCCUCAAAGAACUUCCAAAAUACCCAGCGAUGCAGAGAUCAUAGACACCAUAGUUAUAGAGCCAAAUGAUGCCAGCGAUGAUGAAACCAUAUUCAGUGAUGGAUCUCGCUCACCAACUGAAAGUGAGGACAUUAUCGAAAACUCACCAGAUGUAUUUGCAGCUAAAAAUUCAGAGGCAAAUGCAGCCAAUAAGAGCACAGUCAAGAAAAAUCUGUCAGUUACCUCAUUUGAAGAAAAUGCUGCAUCAAAGAACAUCGAGCAGGCAGAAUCUGGGGACACAAAUGACUCUGACGUGUUCCUUCCCAGACGGCCGGUAAAUGCAUCUCAGUCCAACAAUGUUCGAAGAACAUCCCCUCUACCUAAAGAUGAGUCCUCUGAUGACUCGUUUGAUGUGGAGCGAAUGGUUGGCCUUGGAGAGACCCAAAAUGAAGCAGUAAUGAACACUGUUAGUAGGGAUCCUACAUCCAGCCGUGUUUCAAGUCCACCUCGUUUUGACUUCAAAUAUGAUGAUAUAGCCCCCAAACAGCCUGAGGCUCCUAACCUCAUUUCUGAUCAAGUACCUGUCAUCAGUGAAAACCUUUCGAGUUCCUUCCUUGCCCAAAGCAAAGAUAAGGGCUUUAAGCUACGUAAACGAGUGUCUGGAACCAAUUUAGAUGCUCCCAAGCUGGACAGUGGGCCAGGUGCCAACCUACUGGGGACUAAUCACUUCUCGUUUGCUGCUCAAUCAACUGCGCAACGUGUUUCUCUAUCAAAAAAUCUUGCAGGGAAGAAAGGAGGCUUUGAGCGUUUCUCUGACAUAUGUGAAGAUAGUAAUUCCAAAGCUGAGUCACACCAAAAGCAAGACAUUGGGGAGAGUAGUUUUAAAGAAAAUUCAACCAAGGGAACAUCAGUGUUAUAUUCUGCUGGAACAGAUGCUCAAUCCUCUAGUAAAGCUGACUCAAAGUCAAAUGCUAAUGAUGCCGAACUACCAAACUGGUAUGCAAAACUCAGCAGUACAUCUAAACAAGUAUCUCCACAGGCAUCAGAGUCAGAACUAACUGCAAGUCUCCAAUCCUUCCGUGAAACUGAAGAAAAAAUCUUAGAUCAAGUCUUCUCAUGGUUUACUGCAAUCCCCAAUAAUAUAGCACGGCAGCUUUCCUUCGUUGGGUCAGAUCCAACCAUUUUGACCAAAGUCAAAAUGUUCCGCCAGCGUAACAAAGCAAAAAUCCGUCAAGCUGAGUCACUGCUCAAAAAGAAACGUCAAGGAAUGGCUCAAAUCAAUGGUGAGCCCUCACGAUCUUCCUCAAAUGCCAACCCAAAAAAUUCAGUCAAAGAUUUGCUGAUGACAGCUCGAGCAGAAAUGGCUGCAGAAACUGAUGAUGAAACUGAACCACAGCAAUCCUUUGCGAAACCAACCACAGUAAUUCGGAAGAAUGGGCAUGUUGCCCCCAAACGAGAUAGUGUAGAUGCUGAGCGUGCUCAAGCUUUCCUCGCAAAAUGGAAACAGUCAAAGCCCUCAUCUGUUGACGAUGACUCAGAUGAUGACAUCUUCUCCAAGUCAGUUCAGCAAUCUCCUGUUAAAAAACGUCCCAAGCUGUCAAAUACGCCGAAAAAAGCCAAUAGUACUUGUUUGAAGGCUCCAACUCCACAAAAACAGAACCCUGGAGCAAGUUUGACGGACAAUCGGGAUGAGAACGCCCUGAGUUCUCAAGAACUGAACGAUGAUGAAAAUAUAAUGGAUGAUAACGAUGGAGAUGUAUUUGAUGAUGCAUUCGAGGAUGCAUAUAAUCGUUACGGCGCCGAUGAAUCUAGUCCAAACAAAAAGAAUUAUGCAAAUUUUGAUUCGUCUAAGUUAAGUAGCCUAAGUAGUAACCUCAAGAACAUCAGUUCCAAUUUGAACAGUAAACUUGGCCAUCCACAAAGUUGGAAAGUACCUGAUAGUUUAAGUAAUGCAAGUCAUGGCACCAGUAAUUAUUCUCCAAAUGUCAAUUCUGCAAGUAGUUCUAAUAAUUUAAGGCAAGGAAGUAGUAAUCUUACAACUUCUUGCAAUUCUAGUACAAAUCCAAGUAACUUUAUGUCUUUCGAUAGGAAUUUCUCAACGAACACCGCCAGUAAUUCAAACUUUGCGGACAUUAAUCAGUCAACUACAAAUUCUGUGGGUUCGACGAGUAAAUUCAAACCCAAAACUAGUGUGUUUUCAAAUUCCUCUGCUACAAGCAAACCUAGUUUUCCGGCAAGCAAUGACUGUGCUACUAAUGUUUCCUCAUAUCAACCAGAUAUUGUUAAUAACUGUAAUUCAACUGAAUUUUCCACCAACUCAAGAACUAGUUUUCCUGUUAGUAAUAAUUUAAGUACAGCUAGUAGUUAUGCAGGCUUUACAGAAUCUAGGAAGAGUAAUACAUUUUCUACAAGUGCCAUGAAUCUUGACGAAAUAAGCGCACAGCCCAAUGAAUCGUUAAAUUCAAGUACCGGUUCCAGUGUGUCUCCUGUGAAUGCUGGCGAGUUUGCCAACCCUAAACCAGGUCCAUUCAAAUUUAAAAAGAGACUUUGCCACAACACAAUCGCCCAAACAGCAGACAAACCUAUGCCCUCACCGAGCACAGCUGUAAAUUGUCCAUUGAAUCCUCCUAUUCCAUCACCAGUGACGCCCUUGUAUGGAUCAGUCGGCUCUACGAUGAAGAGGAAUUUUGGAGAGUCAGGUGCAGAAUAUGAUUUUCAUAGUAAUGAAGAUUCAGCGUGGAACAGUACAAGUAAUGCUUACAACUCUACUCCGAAAUAUCCAACCUCAUUCGCAACAGAAAAUUGGCCUCAGACUACAAGUUAUAGUUCUAAUGACAAUGGCCGAAACGGAGAGGAGAGUAAGCAAUAUGAACCAGCAGAUACAGGAGCAACAUACGCCUCUGACACGCCAAACCAUCAACGAGAGUUUCGUGGUCCAUACCCUCACACACCCACCAUGAUGAAGAAAUUCAAAGAGGUGUUUGGGCUGCAUAAAUUCAGGCCUGUGCAGGAGGAAGCAAUCAACGCAGCAUUAUUGGAUCACGACUGUUUCAUUCUCAUGCCGACUGGUGGAGGAAAGUCUCUUUGUUAUCAACUACCAGCAGUUUUGUCUGAAGGUGUCACCAUUGUCAUUUCUCCACUUUUAUCGCUUAUCACCGACCAGACGCUGAAGCUUAAAUCUCUCGACGUUCCUGUUGCUUGUUUAACUGGAGAAAUGUCACAAGCCGAGUCCCAAGAAGUUAUUCGAAAUUUGGACUCAGUAAAUCCUGCGUAUAAAUUGCUGUAUGUCACCCCAGAAAAAAUUGCAGCAAGUAGAAUGCUGGAGUCAAUUUUUGCGCGCCUGUAUCGGCUUAACAAACUCACACGCUUUGUGAUCGAUGAAGCACAUUGUGUCUCUCAGUGGGGCCAUGAUUUCAGGCCAGACUACAAAGAGUUGAAAAGAUUAAGGAUGAAAUACCCAAAUGUGAAGUUUAUGGCAUUAACGGCCACUGCAACACCCCGAGUCCGCAAUGAUAUCCUUUGUCAGCUAGGAAUCAAAACCUGCAAGUGGUUCUACUCGAGUUUCAACCGGCCAAAUUUGAAGUAUGAAGUACGUGCCAAGAAAGGUUCAAAGGAUGGAAAUGUGCUAACAUCUAUCUUGACCCUGCUUAGAGGGCAGUUCAAGAACCAGUCCGGUAUCAUUUAUUGCCUUUCGCGAAAAGACUGUGAUGAUAUGAAGAGUGCCCUUCAGAAAUCAGGUGUCCGAGCCAUCAGCUAUCAUGCUGGCAUGUCUGACAAUGAGCGGCAGAAGUCUCAACUGUCCUGGCUUCGCAAUCAAGUCAAGGUGGUUUGCGCAACUAUCGCCUUUGGAAUGGGGAUUGACAAGCCAGAUGUACGGUUUGUGAUCCACCACAGCUUGCCAAAAUCUAUUGAAGGCUACUACCAGGAGUCUGGUCGAGCGGGCCGUGAUGGUGGGGUUGCCCACUGUAUUCUGUUCUAUUCCUUCUCUGAUAGUGUUCGUAUUAGGAAAAUGAUGCAAGACUGCAGUCCAGAAGUUUUGAGGGUACAUGAAGAGAAUUUGAAGAGAAUGAUAUCCUAUGCAGAGAAUCAUAUCGAUUGCCGCCGAGUCAUUCAAGUCGAGUACUUUGGCGAGAAAUUCAGCCGAGAUUUCUGCAAACGAAACCCGCGCACAGCUUGUGAUAAUUGUCAGAAUGAGGGGUCCUGGCAUCUGCACGAUGUCACAGGCGAGGCACAGAUAGCAGUCCGACUGAUCCAAACACUGACCCAGCGUGGCAAUGGAAACGUGACGCUCUCUCAUGCAGCAGCAGUACUUAAGGGCUCAAAGCUGAAAAAAAUCAAAGACUUGCGUCACGAUCAACUUCCUGCUUAUGGAAAGCUGGAGAAAUGGUCAUUAACGGAAAUCGAACGACUGCUCAGCAAGCUGGUUGUUGAUGGAUUCUUGUAUGAAGUGUUACAACAGAGUUAUAUGGACAUGGUUAGUUCCUAUUUGAAGGUUAAGGAACGGGAAGCAACCAGACUACUUUCAGGAAUAGUUAAGGUAUCAUUAUCGCGAGGCAAAGAGAAGAUGCAGUCGAGUGUGGUCAAAUCAAACAAGGUAGAGGAGAUGCCAACAGUCCAUCCACAUAUCAAGGAAAUUCAAGAGCGCUGCUACAACUGUCUCAACGAUGUUUGUCAAGGAAUUGCAACUGAAAUGCGUGUUCCAUCGCACACCAUCUGGAAUGCCCAGUCUCUGAAGAUGAUGUCAGAACUUUUGCCUUCAACCAGAGAAGAAAUGUUAAAGGUGGUUGGAGUGACACAGGCUAACUACCAGAAGUAUGGUCCACAGUUUCUUGAGAUCACUAAAAUGUAUGCUGAGGAGAAAGAAGGUGUUGUGGCAGCACUGGAGCUGGAAGCUGAAGAACGGGCCAGAGCUGCUGAGCAAGAUGCAAUUGAAGAGGAAUACUCAUCAACAGCUUCGUCCAACUCAAGAUCGUCAGCGUAUUUUAAUCAAGGUAAUCGGCCAGCGUUUAUUACCAAGUACUCCGGCAAGAACAAGAAAAGAUAUCCUAAGCCCAAGAAGAAGUGGAAAAAGGCUCCCAAAGGCAAAGCAGCAACUGCAUCAACCACAGGCACCUCAUAUCGUGCAAAAGCCUCUAAUUGUCUACCUGUUCCUGGCAGAGCAAAAGCCUCCGGUCGAAAGUGACACUGAGCUCAUUGGAGGGAAAGGAUCACGGAAUCUGAGGCUGAACUGUCUCAUCCAAAUCUCUCCUAAGUGCUUGAUAGUUUUACAUCUAUGCCAUGCCUCAAGUAAUGUCCAAAAAGUAUUUAUUCAAUAUUUUCCUGG